AUGGAGGGGUCUAACAAUUAUGGCCACCAACAUCCCCUGCUUCUUAUCUUGAAUGAAGAUCAGCUGCUGAAUGUAGCUAAGUGCUCAAGGUGUGGCGAGAAGGUGUCAAUUCCAUGUUUUAGCUGUGCCGAGGGUUGUGGGUUUUACCUACACAAGGUAUGUGCUGAGGCACCUUUGGAGCUUAAUCACCCUUUUCAUCCUGAUCAUCCUCUUCUUCUUAUGCAAAAUGCACCAUAUUCAUCUGGAGGGUACAUUUGCGAUUUUUGCGGUAAAGGCGGUAAGGAGUUCGUUUAUCACUGCUCUUGCGAUUUUGACUUUCACAUUAAAUGUGCUUUGUUUACAUUUAAUAUUGCUGAGAAUAAUUUGAAAGAGCUUGGGCAUGUCGCCCUUCAAGAUGAAGAACUUGAAGAUGAUAGUAAGUGCAUUGGGUGUUGGGAACCAUUAGCAAAGUAUACACACUUUUCUCCUGACUGUGGAUUUAAUUUACAUGAGAAAUGCGCUGAGCUUCCCUUCAAACUGAAUCUUGUGUGCCAUCGCGAACAUCCUCUUGUUCUACAAUUUUAUAGCGAACGGCUCUCUUGCAAGAUAUGCGGAGAAAACAAUGGACAAGCUGUAGGAUUUGUUUAUUGUUGUUCUCCUUGUAAGUUUGUUGUUCACAUUGAAUGUGCAUCACAAUCAUCAUUACAAGUUAUUAAGAGUACAAAUCAUGAACUUCCAUUUACCUUGUUUAACGGGCACAAACAUCCCCUGUUUCUUAUGUUGAAUCAAGAGCAUCUGAUGGACAAUCAAAGGGGUGUAACUGAUUGCUCGGGGUGUGGGGAGAAGGUCUCUGCUCCAUGUUUUUGCUGUGCUGAGCACUGCAGGUUUUAUCUUCAUAAGGUAUGUGCCGGGGCACCUUUGGAGCUUAAUCACCCUUUUCAUCUCAACCAUCCUCUUCUUAUGCAAAAUGCACCUUAUUCAUCUGGAAUGUACAUUUGCAAUUUUUGCAAUAAAUCUGGUCACAAGUCUGUUUAUUGCUGCUCUUCUUGUGAAUUGGACUUUCAUAUUAAAUGUGCUUUGUUUAAUAAUUUGAAAGAUCUUGAGCAUGGUGCCCUUCAACACCCAUUGAUUCCCACUGAAAAUGGUGAUGAAAAACUUAAAGAUGUUUCUAACUGCUUUGGAUGCCGGGAACCAUUAGCAAAUUAUACACACUUUUCUCCAUGCCGUGGAUUUAACUUACAUGAGAAAUGCAGUGAGAUUCCUUUCAAAUUGAAUCAUGUGUGUCAUCGCAAGCAUCCUCUUGUCCUACAAUUUAAUAGCAAACGGCUCUCUUGCAAGAUAUGCUGCCAGGUAACAAUGCGAAGAGGAUUUGUUUACGGUUGUUCUCCUUGUAAGUUUGUUGUUCACAUUGAAUGUGCAUCACAAUCACCAUUACAAGUUAUUAAGAGUACAAAUCAUGAACAUCCAUUCACCUUGUUGUUGAGACAAGUUCCAUUCACAUGUGAUGGGUGUGGCACUAAAGGAAAUUGUAGGUACCCAAAUUUACCCGGGCCCAUUAAUACCCAACCUACCCUAGGUGCCUCCACUUGCACCGCCUCUCCUCCACCUGCUCCCAUCACCUCCUUGAAGACCUGCAAACAUGACGGAAGCAGCAACAGAAGCAGAAACGCAGCAAACAGUAACAAAACAGCAAUAGGACUUUGCAUAAUCGGCUAUAAAGAGCCAUUCAUUUUCAAUGUAAAGGGGGGAUUUUGGAUUCUAUCUCAUUCGGCUAAAAACAGAAGCCGAAAGCAAUUGUAA